UUACCGCGAUUCACACAUCCGCUUGAUUCCGCUCUUCAGUUUCUUUACACGAGGCGUUUUAAAAUUUGCCGAGCUUUCAUCGUUGUUUGCAGUUUUCUCAGGGGUCAAACGCAUAUUGCUGUUUUGCAAACAUUUCAAGCUCUACGUAACAUCUCCUGGGUUUCAAACGAGAGGCUUUUUCUUCGGACGGUAUGCGGUUUUUUUCGCCGUGCAGGUGGUAGAGUAUCGUAAACAGACAAGUAAGUAGAGCGUUACGCGUUUUGUACGUGAUUGAAGUUGAGGACAAUGGGCAGUUAGAUUUUUCGAACCACCGACAGAUUACUCCGACACCUAGGAAGGGGUCGGUGCAUAACCACAAAGCCAGAUUCCACUCAUCUCCCUUCACUACGAAUUACGAAACGCCCAACUCGGGAACAACGAAGAGUACGUUCGAGGGCGAAGGUCGUUUUAGUGGUUUUCUUGCCUAAAUUUUGCUGCACUGUAUUGGAUCAAGGACUAUAAAAUCAAUAUAAUAUAGGUGACGACAUUUGCUCCAUUCAAUACGUACGUCGUCUGACUCAGGUAAUUCAGCACGUUUGUUCGUUCACCGUAUCUCGUGCGUCGGCAAAGCGAUCGAAUUUGCUGCGUUGUAUAAAAAGAUGAAUGGUAGUAUUCUAGUGAAUGGAAGUCAGAGAUCAGAAUUAGUCAUUUUAGUCAAGGGAAAACGAUAUGGACCUGUAAUGGCUUCUGCUCCCGCAAACAAGGAAAAUGUUUCUCCUGAGAAAGACAUAGAGUGUUUGUCAGACAGUUUCCAAAAGAGUCUUACAAUGAAUCACGUCGAGAAAGAUGGACGUUAUUUUCUGGAUGUAAUGGAGAAGGAAAGCGAACGAUUAACGCGGCUUUGCCAGGCUACAGAGCAAGAGAUGGCGAGUAAAUCGCUCCCAGAAGAUGCAUGUGGAAAAAUUAGAGCAGCCAAUGGGAAGGCCAAGCUUCUGGUCAAUAAAAAGUUCAAGCAAUUCAAAGGACUAUGUGAUACAAAUUUGGGUGAUGGUGAAACAAAUGGUAGAAGGCCAACAAAUGGGGAUCUUGCAGGUUUCUGGGAUAUGGUUAUGAUUCAGGUCGAUGAUGUUAAUAGCAUGUUCUCCAAGAUUGAUGAUCUACGUAAAAAUGGAUGGAUACUACCACAGUCUUCCACUGAUGAGACUGAUUUUUCAAAACGAUCAUCAUUAACACGUCAGUCCUCACUAACAAGGCAAUCAUCAGUGGGAAAAGGUUCAAUAAGAAGGCAAAAAUCAAAAGAAGAAGUGAAAGCCUCUGAGGCUGAGCAGAGAGCAGCAGCACGACAAAGGUUGGCUGCAGCAAAACGAACAGCCAGACACAGAAUGCAACAGAAAAGUAAUCCUCUGGACAAUGUAGAAAUAUUUUGUUCACCCAAAAAGUAAAGUUACUGUUAGUAGUUAUUUGAAAGUGAAUGUUUAAAGUCAGAGAAUAGUUUUAGAAGCAUAUUUAUUGAAGAAUUUUUUAAAUUGGAGUACUGUAAAAUGCCGUUUAAAGUUAUUAUCAAAGGUCUUUUCCAAUUUGCCAAAAUAAAUGCAUAGUUAAAUGAUAAGAAUUAAUUUGUAAAGCUUUCAGUGCACAGGAUGUUAACUUAUUAUCAGGAUUUCUCAUUUCCAAAGUUUGAAAGGUACUUAUUUUGAAGGAGUGUGAAAAACACUCAAGCUGGAUUACACAUAUAGUUAUCAUUUUCACUUUAUUUCAUCAACAGAACAUCCCAUCUAACAUUUCUUACCUUUUGAAAGGAGAAAUAUGCUUCAGUGAUCAAAUAAUUCUUAUCUGUACCACUAAAAUACAUAGAAUGAAUUUUCACUCAGAACAUUUUUUUAGGAUUCUCAAGAGUAACCUGAUGGUUUGAAAUUUAUCUGUACUCUCCUGAAAAUUUGAUCGCCCAUACGAUCAUGAUUGUGCUUAGCAACCUGGUCACUUACCUGUGACAAAGCAAAAGCUCUUUCAUCCAUUUCCAUCUCUUGGGGUUAUCUAUUGAACAACAGAUUUAGAAAAAGGGUUUCAAACAUUUUUGUUUUACAAACAGUUGCUUUUUGUGACAAUUUUCAGCACCCUGGUUACUGCGUUGUUUUCAAAAUGGCAAAAUCCAUAACUAAAUCUUUAGCUUAAGAUCUUAAAGCAUGGGUUGUAUCAGUACUGAAUUGUUAUAAAUACUUUGAAAUGGCAAAGAUAAAAAUUAUCUGCUUUCUUAAGCAUGCCUAUUCGAUUUGGUAUAUCUGACUAGUGAUCUAUGUUUUUAGUUUCUACACAUUGGCCUACAGCUGUUUAUUGAGCUAAUACUCGCUGGUAAGUUAGUUUGUCUAAUCUUAUCAGUGAUUUCCUUGGCAAAAGAAAAUGGAGGAAAAAAAAUUGUUACUUGUUAAUUAUCCUUGAAAGUUUAAAAGGCUUAGACGUUUAUUUAAUGGCAGGAUUUAGAGUUUGUUUAUUAAACCAAAGAAUUGGAGAUGUAGCUAUACUCAAAAAAAUAAGAUAGGGGCCAAGUGUUGACUCUUGGAAUAUCAUGUUUCACUAGUAACUCGCAUUUCAUCAUUAAAAUCAUAUAACGUCAGUGGAAUCAGAUCACAUUUAGGGAAUGUAAAUAAGGGCAGUGAAACGUGAUAAGAAAAUUCUGCUUCUAUUUUUACUUUGGUCUUGGAGAUGUGUGUAUCAUAAAUUUAAAAAUUAUAUUAUGAACAUUUUUGAAAUCAACAUUGAUAAAAUUGUUAUUUAUUUGCAUUUUGUUUUGUUGGUAAAGGAAGUUGAGAACAUUGAUGUACCACCUAUGUUCUGCCUGUAAUUGUAUAUUUAGAGUAUAGUUUUCUCAUGAUAACCUUUGUAUGUCAUGGACAUUGUGAAAGGAAUGUGGACCCCAUUACCCCACUUUAAGUGAUAGUUUGGUAAAAAAUUCAAAGAGAAGCAUCAAUCCAUAUUAUAUUGAAGUGAAAUUUCAGAUACUCUGUAAAUUUUAAAAACUAGUGGAUAGUCUGUGUGUUACUAUUAAUUUUUUUGCACUUGUACAUUUAGUUUAAGGAAGGGAAGUGUUAUCAACAGUCCUAUAGGAUUAUUAAGUUAUCAAGGUAAAAAAAAAAAAGUCUAUCAAACAUGGCUUUCCCAGAAGUAAAAAUAUCCAUAUGAAACUACUAUUUCUGCAUCAUUUAUUUUCAAGCUUGAGUCACUCCUAAAUUGAAAAUGGAUAAAAUCCACUCAACAAGAUUUAAUCCCCUUGGGAGUGACCUGCAUCUAAUUUCUUCUUAUUCCAUCACCCCUGAAUCAAACUUUUAGGUCGUGAGUACAAAGGAAAUGAUCAUGGACUAAAGCAGUUCUUGAUUAUAAGACAAAUUCUCCUUAUCGGCUCCUUAAAAAUUGUACUGAAAAGUCUCCUUCUUGCUUCAAUAUUUUCAUGCAAUGAGAGUGACUGUGAGAUAAAUACCCACACAGUAUUGAUUUAUCAUCGUUGCUCGUAAUUUGAACACCAAAUUGUCUGAGCUGUCUUGUGAUGUAGUGUCUGGCAGAUAGCCAGGAAAAUUACUUUUCUAGGUCUCGGAGCAUAAAUGUCAAUGAUUCAAAGUUAUUAAUAAUGUUGUAUCUACCACCUUCUAGUAGGACUGUUGUUAACACUUCUUUUUCGUGAUCAAAACUUAAUGAGUCAAGGAGUUUGUUAAUAUUUAUUGUCUACCAUGAGUGAAUCUCAAAACUACUUCCAUGUUGUCAGCAAAGAUUAUUCUUUUAAAAGUCCUUUUUGAGUAUGGUAAUUUUCCAUCCUGCAGAUCUUGUGUUGAUGGCAGAAGUAGUUGUGUAUACAUAAGUUUAGGCUUAUUUUUUACAUGUUUGUAUCAUUUUGAAGUUUAUUGAACUACUCUGCAGACCUUUCUUGAAAGUGGUUUUAUCUCCUUCAAAAUUAGAAGCAGAAUCAGUACCAUUGUAUGCUUCCUGUGGCUUGUUUGAGCUUAUCAUGUUUAGUGUGUUCAGUUUAUCUUCAUCAUAUUAAAUCAUAAUGAUCACAACAUUCUGGCUAGUCUGCAGUUAAGAAAUUGAGAGGAAAAAAUAAAGUUUUUUUAAAGGGA